CGUACAUGCCCGUACCGGAAGUAGGAGACGGAUCGUCGUGAUGCAACCAUUUUCCUCUUGUCGGACGCCGUAGAUCACCGCAGAUUCUCGUCGCGGCUCCACGUUCUUCCCGCAACUUGGUUUCGUCACUGUAAUUUUCUGCGUAUUUGCCUCCUCGCCAGUAUGAACGGUAUCAUGAAAAGCGCGCUACGUGCCACGGCACUCCGCGGCAUGCUGUCAUCCUCACGCGGCACCGGCAACGGCGGCCAACCUGCUAGGGCCCUGUGGAACGUAUGCGGUCGCCGGCAAGCCGUCGAGAUCGCGCCUAUUGUCUCCUCAAUUAAACUACACGACUUCUACGGUCGUAGAUGUUACAGCAAGUCGCAUACCAAAGCGGAGCAAGAAUUGGUGGAUUUUCUGGCGGAGGAAAUAGUAGCUGAAAAAAAGGCACAGAAAUUAAAGAUGAUACCGACAAAAUUAGAUGAUUUUACUGUAUCUCUUAAUGGUGCUGAAGUCAAUCUUGAAAAGAAAGAUGGCACUGAUACUAUCCUCAUUAAAUUCAAUGUGAAUCAUACAGUAGACUCAACUGAUACAGAAAUAAAUCCUGAUAGCGAUGAUGCAGACAUUGGUGAAAUGAAAAGCAAGCCAACUUUCGUGGUAGACAUCGUGAGGGGCAAUCAAACUCUGGGCUUUGCAUGUUCUUUUAACAACGAACGUGGCGCAUCAGGUACACAUCCAUACAAUGAUAUAUUUGGUAUCGAUGAAAUUACGCUGUACGAAGGAGAGCACACUGACAAGGUGUAUUCUGUGAGUGGCGAGAUCAUUGAUGGAUAUCUAUAUGACUUACUAAUGAACUACCUCGAAGAAAAAGGUAUUUCAAAUGAAUUUGCGGAGAAGCUGAUUGAUUUAAGCACAUGCUACGAGCAUACAGCCUAUGUCAGCUUACUGGAGGGCUUAUCAAAGUUUACAUCCAGAAAGUAAUUCUAAUAAUUAAUGUUAAGAUUAUUUACGACUACUCAACACUUCACAAUGCAGUUUGUAAGAAUUGUUAAUAAAAAAUGUACUGAUUUAUAUUA